CCGGAGCGCAAGCCCGAGCCCGCGUAAGAUGAUAGAAAUUAAGCCCGAACCCCAUCGGGUUCGGGCAAAGAUCUUCAGCUCUACUGUUAAUAGCAACUUUAGCAGCAUUUCAACACUCAGUUGGUCAGUUCAGAGGAAGUGAACAAACACAGGAAGAGCUGAUAGUGUUUAAAGAAAGAGUUGAGAUCAUAUACUGAAGAGAAAGACUGAGAGAAAGAGACAAUGGCUGAUAAUAAUCAUCUGUGUCUGCUGGGACUGAUCUUUCUCUCUUCACUUCUCACAGGUGUCAGUGGAGUGGAUGAUGAUCAUGUGUUCAUCAGUUCUGGUGAAGAUGUCCGUCUGCCCUGUAAUAAUGCUCUUCAUGACUGUAAAUCAACUACAUGGAUCUAUAACAGAUUCAGAGAUUCAGCAGCAGUUGAACUGAUUGGUUUAGGGAUAAAGAAAGACACAGAGAGACAUGAGAGACUGAGUCUGGGGUCUGACUGCUCUCUGAACAUCAGGAACAUCUCCACAGAAGAUUAUGGAUCUUACACCUGUCAACAAUGGAUUGGUGAGAAGAAAGACGAAAAACAAGAACCUGAUGCUCGUGUUUAUCUGCAUGUUCUUCAUGUCUCAUCCUCACACACUGAGAUCAGUUCAGGUCUCUCUGUGACUCUCUUCUGUCAGCUGUAUUCAUAUCCUCCAGUCUCUUGUGAUGAUUGGAUCCGUUCUGAGAGAAUUCAGCUGUUCUGGGUGAAUCAGGCUGGUGUUAAAUCAGACUCCAGAUAUCAGAUAUCAUCCUCAUCAGAUCAGUGUAUGAUCUCUCUGAAUACAACACUCCUGAAUGAAGAUGACAACAGAGAGUGGAGAUGUGAAGUUACUCACAGAGAUCAAGUCAAGACCUCAGUCACAUACACUGUCAAGAGUUCAGCUCGAGCUGAUACACCGACAGAACCAUCUCAUACAAAAGUCGCAGUGAUUUCUGUGUCUGUCGCUGUGAUCGCUGUUCUUCUGGCUGCUGUUCUCUGGCUGAUCUGGAGAAAAAGAGCUGAUAGUGACAGAGGGACUGGUGAAGCAGCAGUUAAAGAUGAGAAUGAUGAUAAAAAGACGUAUGAGACGAUCAACAUGGACACCCCUGCUGCUGUGACAGAGCAUGAGCGGACAGAUGAUGUGACUUACUCUGAAGUCUCCUCUACCAGUAAAAAGCCUGUGAAAUCACUCAAAGAUCAUACUGACACAGUGACUUACGCUACCAUCAGAUGAACAGAAUAUGAAGCACAGGAUGAACUUUAGAAGAACAAGAGCUUCACAAAUAGACAUUCAUUAAAGCAGAUCACUGCAUGAACUCCUCGUAUCAGCAGGAGACGAGACGUUUUCCACGACUGCUGAGAUGCAUGGCUCUGCUGUUUGGAAGAAUUAGACAUGUGUAUGUCAACAAACAGAACUUUAUCAGAUAGUUGUUGAAUUCAAAGUCCUGAAAAUGUUUUUCAGAUUUUCAUAUUGAAUACAGUAGAGGCUACUCUUUGCUUCCAGCAUGUGUAUAGGCUGUUUUAUGAAGAAAAAGUUAUCAAGUCAAAGCCAGAUUUACCUCUUAUUGUGAAAUAUUACCACCCCAAACAGCAAAGAAACAAGUUAUUCAGCUUGCAUUCAGUAUCUGAAGAUUGAAUGUAGUUCUUCACUCUCUUGAGAACGGAGGAAGAUGUUUCAUUACUCUCAUUGCUGAUUCCAUUAUGUUAUUUUAGAGCAAAUAAAAGAUGCUUGAGCUACUGAUUAGCAGAAUAAUGCAGUUAUUUGAGAGAGAGAGAAUUUCAAAACACCUUCAUUACAAUUCAAAACACAUUAUGUAAUCAACCCCUACAUUCUUAAUUCAAAAUCCUAACCAAAACAAAUUAACAGUACACAAAGAUAAAAAAAAAUAAUUAAUGACUUCACAUUGAGCCCUUUUAUAACACCAAACUGUUUAAAAAAUGCAUAUCAAAAUAUCAGUAAUUUCAAUGAAAAUUCUAGAUUUCACCAGGUUAAAAAACACAGUUUGUAAAUCACUACUUUAAUCAUUUUCAAUCUUUAUUUUCCUGGUAUCAUAAAGUGCCAUUUUUGCCUGACCUAGAAAAAAAAUUCUUCAACUGGCAAUGAAUUUGUGUUUGUACAGAAAAUAAACACUUUCAGUGAUAAAGUCUCAUCAAAAAAAGAUUGAAUAAACCAGUUAAAACUUGAAACAAUGAAUCGAGCCAACUGGAAAACAAAAAUGUAUGGAAUGCAGUCCCCCUCUGGAAACAAGAAGGACAUUGAUCACUACUACCUGGGUUUAUAAUUGCCAUUUGACAAGA